AGACUGCGGCCACUGAUCUGCUGUGGUGGGGUCCAUUAACAAACAGUAGGGUCGAAGUGGACCACUAUGAACGAGUUUGAAAAACAUCGUCACCUAAUCCCUCGUAAAGCGUCUCAACGAACCAGCCAUUUGUACCUCUUCCCGACCGGAGAUUCUACCAUCAACGGUGGUAGCAGGACAGUCACGGCACGAUCUAAUCACAGGUUUCAGGUGGUUGACUGAGGAGUUUUCAGCUAUUGAAAUCUAAUUAGAGGUGGAAUCAAGGCUUUUAUUGGGCAUAAAAAGAGUUUGCAUUACAGUUUAGGUUGCCCGGAAUGGCAAGGAUAAAACCUCAGGCUUUGUUACUGCAAAGCAAAAAGAAGAAGGGCCCGACACGUAUCAGUAUCACUACAAUUAUAUUUUGCAACCUAGUCGUUGUGUUGGUUGUAUUUUCCCUAUUUGCUACUUAUAGGCAUUGGUCUAAUAGGUCGAGGAACCAGUUUCAGAGUGGGGUAUCAAAUGUUGAGGAGAAUGAUGGUUUUGUAGAUUCAAAAAGGUUCGACCUUCCCGGAUAUGCUAUCCUAAAUACAUCAAAAGGUUAUAUAACUGUGGAGCUUUACAAGGAUGGUUCUCCUGAGAUUGUGGACAAAUUCCUUGACUUGUGUCAAAAGGGUUACUUCAAAGGGAUGCCUUUCCAUCACGUGAUAAAGAACUAUGUGAUUCAAGGAGGUCAUUCCCAAGGAAUUGGAGCUGCUGAAGAUUGGACAUCAAAAGGGAAGCCUCAUGGACACCUUCCUUUAAGUCCUAAGCAUGAGGCAUUUAUGCUUGGAACUUCAAAGACUAAACAAGAUCGCAAGAAAUUUGAGCUGUUUAUCACUACUGCACCAAUACCAGAUCUGAAUGACAAGCUUAUUGUAUUUGGACGGGUCAUCAAGGGGGAGGACGUUGUGCAGGAAAUUGAAGAGGUGGAUACAGAUGAACACUACCGACCUAAAUCUCGUAUAGGGAUCAUCAACGUGACUCUCAAACGUGAAGCUUGAGCUAUUCCAAGCUGGUGUAAAAUUUUUAAUGUCAUGGCACCCAGAAGAGAAACUGCUCACCAGAAUUUUUAUAAUUGAGUUUGUCAUGGUGCCUCAAAUUUUUUUUUUUUUUUCCUCUCUUGUUCACGGUUUUGCUUUUCUUUUCUUUCUUCCUUUUUUGGGUUGUCCAAGAGGAGGGGAAAGUGUGUUGUUGAAGUUUAUUUUACAGGGCAGAGAUCUGGAGGUACAAGAGAUACCAUUUGGUUAGUUUCAUAGACGCGUCUGUUGAAAUGUAUGAUGAUUAUUCUGUUUCAUUCUAUUACCUGCUAGAGUCGGCUAGUGCAUUUGUGCCUAGAAUUUCAUGUUUUAUUAUCUUUCUGUGAUAGAAAUUUGAAAGAAAUUCUUUAUCUUCCUGGUUCUGAUAAAA